GGAUGGAUGGAGCCGGGAGGGGGCGGGAGGAGAAGAAACCUAGGCAAAGUUUGCAGAGCCGAGUUGAAGUUGAUAGGGCGAGACGGAAUGGGGCAAGGAAGACCGGGGUGGCCAACUUCUUGACAAGCCCCUGCUCCUGUGCUCUCAGUCGCGGCUUGAUCUGUGUGUCGACGACCUUCCCCUUUGGGCUCCUCCAUGCCCGGAAAAGUGUUGCUUGCUGCUUCCCAUCCCCCAGAUCAAGCUGUUGUUAAAAGUGAAGGAGCAGAUCGGGCUGUUCUGGUCAAUCUCGGCUGUCCUUUUUUUAAAAGUACAGAAUUGGGAAGAGUGGACUUCUCGAAAUGCCGCUCCUCCUCUUCCUCCUCCUCUCGCUCCCAGCAAGAUUUAGCAGCCAAGAUUGACCAAACUCACAAACUGACGAUCCACAUACAAAAUAGCUCAGAAAGCCUGCUAAGAGAAUACGUGGCUCUGCAGGGGCAUCCCUUUGAGGAUCCCAGUUUCAACUAUCCCAUCACAGGUUUUCCAGGGCUGCCGCAACCUUUUCCAGGGUCUCCCAACACUUGGUUGAAACCUGGCGAUCCUGGGCGGUUGCAGGAAGAUGCCAUGGUCUUCUCCAACCUGCCAGUGUUCCUGGCCACUGUGAAACGGCAACAGGCUGAACUGAACCCUUCUGCCAAAGAGCUGCAACACCACCUCGAGAAUGCAAGCCUUCAAUGCCUUGGGCUGGCGAGCAACCUGAAAUCGGUCAUGGCUUCCCUGGGCAUUGUGCCUGGCCCAGCUGUGCCCCCAGAGCCCCCAGAGGAGGACAAUGGCUUCUACGUGAAACUGGUUGGCUGCCAGAUUUGCAGCCUCUUCAAAAUCUGGGCCAGCCGGAGUCGUGAGGACCUGGCCCACCUGGCUAAAAAAUACCCUUUCUGAACUUGCCUGCUCACGGUUGCACUUAACUACCUGCCUAUAGCUAACGGAGAGGGGGAGUGUUGUAUAGUGUGUAUCUAGGCACCAGGCCGACCAUUCCUUUUGUGAAUUGUUGGGAGGGAUGGGAAAUGGACCAUUUUUGCAUCCAGCCCAUUAGUGGGUGAAGGUAUAAAUUGCCUGUCCCUUUGGGAAGAGAGGUUUUCAUACUGUGUCUUCCAGCCUGGUGCAACAUUGAAUUAAUCAUCUUGUCUUAAUCCUGGACUCCUAGCUUGGAUGCAAACGCCCUGAGGGGGAAAUGCUCGCAGGGGUGAGGGUCUCUCAAAAUGUCUCCAGAGCUUCUAGCUCCUCCUAGAAGUUCUGCUGCUUAAGGCUGUGGAGUGGCCAUUUUGGGAAAGAUGUCUGACCACCACAUGGCAGCCAUUUUAGGAGAAAGACUUGACCACUGAAUAUGGAAAUGAAAGAGCCGUGGCAUCUUUGAGAACAAGCCAGUGUAGGGAGUUCAACUGGUGUGACUUUCCCUUUGCUUCAGGAUACCCUUCCCAUUUUAGUACCAAUGUGGAGAAUUGAAGCAGGGUGCCAAGGUGUCAAGGUGGUGCCAGCUGGUUGAAAAACUGUUCAAACAAGUUUGGCAUCUUGAAGCAAAGGGAAUCUUGUUCUGAUUCUGACCCUGGAUUGCCAGUUGGCGCUGGGAGCUAAGAGCACCAUUUACCAGCUUCAGCCCUACCUAGAGAAAGCAGAUCUGGCCUUGGUGACACAUGCACUGCUUACCUCCCGGCUUGACUACUGCAAUGCUUUCUACUUGGGGCUGCCUUUGAAGACUGUUCAGAAACUACAAUUGAUACGACACUGAGCUGUCAGAAUGCUGAUUGGUACAUGUUUCUUGGAGCAUGAAACUCCUGUCCCCUAACAACAUUAAUUACUUAUUUGCUUCCAGAUGCAAUUUAAAGCACAUUUUAAAGAUUAAUUUAAAGAUGUAAAGCCUUUAAAAGUUAACAGCCUGGGACCAGCUUACCUCAAAGGCUGCCUUCACCAAUAUGAAUCUGCCUGGUUUUUGGAUCAGUGUCAGAGGCCCUGCUAUCUGGCCCAUCUUUGUUGGGAAUACUGUACUGUUGACUGAUACUAAGGACUGGGUCUCUUUGGUGAUGGUGCCACAAUUGUGGAAUAGUCUCCCAGUCUCUCUUGCUCUCUCCUUAUGUUUAUAUGGGCUUCAGAGACUUUUAUUCAGGCAGGCAUUCAAUGAUUGAUCUGUUUUGCUCUAACUUCUUUUAUUUUGUCGUAUGACUGUUUGUCUUAUUGUUUUAUGUAUAUUUUUUAGUAUUUAUAUUAUUAUAUGCUGCUCUGAGUACACCUCGAUGUAAGAAAGCGGAAUGAAAGUGAAAUCCUAUUUUAUGCUUUUGAUUUUUUUUCUAUAGCUGCGAGAUAAUUGUAUGAAUCUUGUUAAUACUAAGAUUUUAAUUAUAAUAAAAAUAUUUUUUGUAGGACACGCAGCUGUUGUGAAUUCCUCUGCCACAGUGGCAAUGGAUGCUUAGAAAACAAAAUAUUGUAAAAUCAUUUUUCAAAUCCAAUAAAACAUAAUUGAUUA